UCACCUAUUUGCGGUCACCUUUCCUCUACAAUAACGGCGGACGGUAAAUCAACCCACACGCAUAUCUGAUCUAUUGCACCAUUAUACUUGGACUAGAUUCAAACAAAUUACCAAAAACCAAUACAACAAAAAAUGUCAUCAAAACUCAAAUCAUCGCCUCGCCUUCCAUUGAAGACGAGACUUAUCCUCGCCACAUUCUCCUUGGCCACCAGCACCGCUCGCCGAUCAAACUACACCAUAAACCGCAAUUUUAUUAAGUUAUUUGACCCUAAAGCUCCUUCUUCUGCAAAACCCAUUAAUGAUGUCUCCUCUUUUGAUAUAACCAUAGAUCCUAAUCACAAUCUCUGGUUCCGUCUCUACGUCCCCGCCACCAAUUCCUCUAGAAGUACUAUAUACAGCUUGCCGGUAGUCGUUUACUUCCACGGCGGUGGGUUUUGUUUCUUGGCAGCAGAUUCAAAGCAAUUCGAUCAAUUUUGCAGACGACUUGCUAAAGAAAUUCCAGCAGUAGUGAUUUCCGUUAACUAUCGUUUGGCACCAGAGUACAAGUGUCCCAGCCAAUACGACGACGGGUUUGACGCAUUGAAAUUUAUUGAUUGUAUGAAUUUUGAAAAUUUCUCAACGAAAGUUGAUCUCGAAUGGUGUUUUAUCGCCGGAGAUAGCGCCGGCGGGAACGUGGCUCACCACGUGACAGUUAAAGCCGGUGAAUAUGAGUUUUCUAAUUUGGAUGUUAUUGGGCUCAUAGCAAUACAACCAUUUUUUGGAGGGGAGGAAAGAACGGAAUCGGAAAUGCGGUUAACCGGAAGUCCGGGUUUAUCAUUGGAUCGUGCGGAUUGGUAUUGGAAGGCGUUCUUGCCGGAAGAAGCUGACCGGAACCAUCCAGCGGUAAAUGUUUUUGGACCGAAUGGGGCGGAUAUUUCGGAACUGCAUUUCCCGGCGACGCUGGUUUGUGUCGGAGGGUUUGAUAUAUUACAAGAUUGGCAAAUGAAAUAUUACGAAUGGUUGAAGAAAUGUGGGAAAGAAGUGUAUUUGGUUGAAUAUCCAAAUGUCAUCCAUGGAUUUUACUGUAUGUCAGAAUUACCUGAAUCUUCUUUGUUGAUUAGUGAAAUCAGGACGUUUAUUAGAAAGCAAACGGCUAGUUCCUAGUCCUUUUUUUUUUUUUUUCCUUUUUUUCUUUUUGUUAUUUGUAAAAUAGAAAUUAUUGGUGAGAUUUGACUAUUAAUAUAAAUUUCUGAAUAAU